CCAGAGGGGAUGAUACAAUUAUAUUAUUGUUACAUUUUUGGACCACAAUGGUUACAAUGAAUGCUAAAGAUGCUUCAAAAUUGUUAAAGUAAGAAUUCUCAUCCAUAUUCAUUCUCAAAUAUUCUUAUAGCUAUGCAACCAUCUUCAUCUUCAUCUUCAUCUUCAUUAUCCAAUGGAUUCACAUAUCAAGUGUUCCUCAGUUUCAGAGGAAUCGACACUCGAUACGGUUUUACAGGCAAUCUCUACAAAGCUCUUAUUGACAAGGGAAUUCACACUUUCUGUGAUGAUAAUGAUCUUCAAAGAGGAGAUGAAAUCACACCAUCACUUGUCAAGGCAAUUGAAGAGUCUAGGAUUUUUAUUCCAAUUUUUUCUAUCAAUUAUGCAUCUUCUUCAUUUUGUUUGGAUGAAAUUGUUCAUAUCAUUAAUUGCUACAAUGAAAAAGGUUGUCUCGUUUUGCCUGUUUUCUAUGACGUUGAUCCUACUCAUGUGAGACAUCAAACAGAGAGUUAUGGUGAAGCACUGAGCAAACAUGAAGAGAGGUUUCAAAGUAACAAAGAUAAUAUGGAAAGGUUGCAGAAUUGGAAGUUGGCUCUUAAACAAGCAGCUAACUUUUCUGGCUUCCAUUUUAGUCCUGGAUAUGAAUACAAGUUUAUUGGGGAAAUAGUGAAAUACAUCUCCAACAAGAUCAAUCGUAUUUCAUUGCAUGUUGCGAACUACCCCGUUGGAUUACGGUCUCGAGUACAACAAGUUAAAUUGCUUCUUGACGAGGGAUCCAAUGAUGGGGUGAACAUGGUGGGAAUUUUUGGUACCGUAGGAAUGGGAAAAUCAACACUUGCAAGAGCAAUUUACAAUUUUGUUGCUGAUCAAUUUGAAGGUUUAUGUUUUCUUCAUAAUGUGAGAGAAAAUUCAUCUCAAAACAACUUGAAACAUCUCCAAGAAGAGCUCCUUUUAAAAACAAUUGGAUUGAAAAUUAAGGUAGGAGAUGUUAGUGAGGGAAUUCAAAUCAUAAAGGAAAGGCUACAUACAAAAAAAGUUCUUUUAAUUCUCGACGAUGUUAACAAACUAGAACAGUUACAUGCCAUGGCCGGAGAGCUAGACUGGUUCGGUCGUGGUAGUAGAGUCAUCGUUACCACUCGAGACGAACACUUACUAAAAUGUCAUGAUAUUGAAAGAAGAUAUGAAAUAGAAUGUUUAAAUGGGAAAGAAGCUCUUGAUUUGUUGAGGUGGAUGGGUUUUAAAUCUAACAAAGUUCAUUCAAGUUAUGAACCAAUUUUAAACCGUGCAAUUAGUUAUACUUCAGGCCUUCCAUUAGCUAUUGAAAUAUUGGGUUCAAAUUUGUUUGGAAAGGGCAUAGAAGCAUGGAAGUAUACAUUAGAUGGAUAUACAAAGAGUCCUAAUAAAGAAAUUCAAAAGUUACUUAAAGUAAGUUUUGAUGCUUUAGAGGAAGAGGAACAAAGUGUCUUUUUAGAUAUUGCUUGUUUUUUCAAAGGAUGUGAAUUGAGAGAGGUUGAAGAGAUACUUCAUGCUCAUUAUGGUUGCUCUAUAAAACAUAGAAUUAAAGUGUUGGUUGAAAAAUCUCUCAUUAAGAUUACUCAUUUCGAUUUUAGAAAUAACGUUACAUUACAUGAUUUGAUAGAGGACAUGGGUAAAGAAAUUGUACGACAAGAAUCACCCAAAAAGCCUGAAAAACGUAGUAGAUUAUGGUUCCAAGAAGAUAUAUUUGAAGUUUUACAAAAGAAUAAGGAAAGUAGUAAAAUUGAAAUGAUAUCUCUGGAUUGCGACUCAAUUAAAGAGGUAUUAGAUUGGAAUAAAAAGUCAUUCGAGAAGAUGAAAAGUCUCAAAACACUUAUAAUUAAAAGUGGUAAUUUUUUCAUAAAUUUUCCAAAUAGUUUGAGAGUAUUAAAAUGGGAAUACUCUCAUUCAACAUGUAUACUAUCUAGCUUUGUCGACAAGACAUUUUGGAAUAUGAAAAUUUUGGAACUGGACAAUUGUGAAUAUUUAACACAAAUAUCAGAUGUCUCAUGUCUUCCAAAUUUAGAAGAACUUUCAUUUCAGCAUUGUGAGAAUUUAACAACAAUUCACAAUUCUAUUGGAUUCUUGAAUAAACUUGAAUUCUUAUAUGCUAAUGAUUGUGUCAAGUUGAGGAGUUUUCCACCAUUGAUGUUGUCUUCUCUUAAAAAGCUACAAAUUAAUGGUUGUAAGAGUCUUCAUAGUUUUCCAGAAAUAUUGGACAAGAUGGAAAAUAUAGAAACCAUUUCAAUUGAUGGAACUUCCAUAGAUGGCUUUCCAACUUCAUUUCAAAAUCUCAUUGGACUUGUUUAUGUAUGUAUAGAAGGAAAUGGAAUUUUCACUCUAUCAAGUAGCAUUUGUGAGAUUUCAAAUUUGUUAACAAUUUCAUUUUGGGGUAAUCAAACAUUAUUGCUGAGUCAGAAUGAUAAAUUGAGUUCCACAGUGUCUUCAAAUGUGAUAGAUCUUGACCUAAAAAACAGCAACCUCUCUGAUGUAUAUAUUCCAAUUAUUCUCACAUGGUUUGCAAAUGUGAAAUAUCUAGACCUUUCUCAAAAUAAUUUCACAAUUCUUCCAGAAUGCAUCAAAGAAUGUCAAUUACUACGAAAUCUUAAAUUGGAUGAUUGCAAAUUUCUUGAGGAAAUUUUAGGGAUUCCUCCAAAUCUCAAAGUUUUUUCUGCAUUAAGAUGCAAAUCAUUAAAUUUCUCAAGUAGAAGCAUGCUACUAAAUCAGCAAGUUCAUGAGGCUGGAGAAACCAGGUUUAGUUUUCCAUCACCAGGAAAUGAAAUGAUUCCAAAAUGGUUUAAUCACAAAAGCAGAGGAUCUACAUCUUUUUGGUUUCGUAACAAGUUCCCUUCUGCUUUAAUUUUCUUUUUUGCUAAAUCAAUGAAGCAUAAGAGAAAUGAAAAUGGAAGGUCUUAUCAUUAUUGGCUGAUGUUUCUUAAAUUAGAAGCUACUCUGUUGUUCAAUGAUUGUGACUAUAAAUUGUAUCUUCCUCAUUGUUCGUCAUAUUAUCCCGAUGAUCGGAUACAACUCGAACAUACAUAUGUUUUUGAUUUGAAACUGCAAGCUGAGGUUGAUGUUAAAGAAUAUGACGACACGCGGGAAGAGAAGCGAAAACUGAUCAAAUCUAAAUUGGGUGAAGCAUUUUUUAAAAAGGAAUGGAUUCAUUUGAAGAUUGAGUAUAGGAAUGUGUUUGAUAAGGAGUUGAAAGUUCCCACAAAAUAUGGAAUCUACAUUUUCAAGGAGAAAAACUACAUGGAGGAUAUCAGAUUCACUGAUCCUAAUAGAAAGUGUUAAAAAUCUCACAAUUUGGAUGAGAUAAGAUAUACCAAAAUGUAUAUAUGUGGUGAUAGUUUUUCAUACAAGUCAAUUUUGUAAAGAAUGUAUUAGACAACUCAAAUUAUAAGAUGGUAUCAGAGUCUAACCAAAAGACUCUUACUAUCAGAUCACUUUUCAUUGGAGAAUGAAGAGAUAAGACAUAUAAGUUUACGAGAAAUAAACUGUAUGUACAUUCAUUGAUGUGAACAUAUAUUCAUUUCAAAUGGAUGAUUAUUAAUUGCAAUAAAUAUUUCAAUGUAUGUA